AUGCGCGGCUGGGGUCUAUUCUUCUUCCUCCUCUUCCUAGUCGUGAUCAUCAUCUACGCCGCCUGGAUCUUAUGGACACAAUACAAAGCCCGCCAGGCCGGCUCCCGCCCCCAAUUUGGAAACACUACCGGACCCAUCGAAUGGAUCAAAGACCAGAUCUCCAAGCUGCGCAACCCGCGCUCGGCGCGCGGAGCAUAUGAGGAGACUGGAUCUGGUGCGGAUGGUGGGUACACGCCGGCGAGUGCGCGGGGACGGGGCAGGGGGUUUGAGGAUGAUGCGUGGGACACACGAGUCGGCGGAGCACAUGAUGAUGAUCCGUAUGAUGGUCGACAGCAGCAUGGUGGUGGCGGGUACGCGGCAAACUACGAAGAGCAGGAGUUAGGGCUUGCACCGACGAGCGGGUUGCAUGCUGAGCCGUAUGGUGGCGCGAGUGGAGACUACAACACGUCGAGGGGCAGAUCUGGUGGAGACAAUCCCUUUGGUGACGAGAACGCGGCGCCUAGUCUGAGGAGUGUCAGUCCAAGACCGGAAGUUGAUGGUGGGAGGUCGUCGCAUCGGCCACAACUGAGCGCGGACUCGGCUGGGAGCUAUGAUGGUGGUGCGCACGGUGGUGGUGGGAGUCCGACUGGGACGAGGAAGAGUGCGUUUCGCGAGGACAUGUAA